AGCCGAUCUGAAAGCAGUUCUGCCAACUUGGUUUUGUUCUCAUUGAACUCGUUUUGUCAAAUUUUCUUCAAACACCGAGAAAGGUUGGAAUUUUAUUCAGUAAUUUUAAUUUUUAUAGACUAAAAGAAGUACCAUCUUUAUCAUGACCGCGGAAGUUACUGAAAUUAAAACUGAUGCUGCUGCUAGUGCUAGUGCUUGUGAAAUAAAACCCCCAGAGGUGCGCAUUGAAGAUGAUGCUAGCGAUUGCGGGUCUGAAGACAGCAUCCCUGAACUUGAGGAUGCCGCUGGUGGUACAACACAGUUGGGCGGCGGAGCUACUGGGCUCCCAGUCGAUUUAGUCUCGAAGGCUAAGCAAUCCCGAGGCGAAAAGAAGGCACGAAAAAUAAUGCUUAAACUUGGUCUGAAACAAAUUCAAGGUGUUAAUCGUGUUACAAUUCGCAAGUCAAAGAAUAUUCUUUUCGUAAUCAACAAUCCAGAUGUGUACAAGAAUCCACACAGCGACACAUACAUCGUAUUCGGUGAGGCGAAGAUAGAAGAUUUGUCUCAACAAGCUCAAGUUGCUGCUGCCGAGAAAUUUAAAGCACCAGAAGCAGCAAAUAUUGCAGAGACAUUGGGUACAACUACAUCUGUAGCGCCUAUUGCGGAAGAGGAUGAGGAAGAAGUUGAUGAGACUGGCGUAGACGAGAAGGACAUUGAGCUGGUAAUCACUCAGGCGAAUACAACUCGCGCUAAGGCCAUAAGAGCACUUAAGAAACACAAUAACGAUAUCGUUAAUGCAAUUAUGGAGCUUACGAUGAUUUAAGCGCAUGUGUGUAACAACACGACGUUGGCAUCGCACGUAGUCAAGAGUACCCGCCUUACGAUACAUUUGGAAAGAAUACGCAACAACUGUAAUACUACAUACAAAAAAUUUAGCUACAGAAAAACAUUACGACCAGGCCAAACAGAAGAAAGUUACAAAUGAAUUAAAUAGUUUUAGUUUAGAGUCGCUAAGCUAAUAACUGUAUUGCUGUUUAUAUCCUAUUGCAUUGCCAUAAAUGCAGAGGUAAAAUGCAAAAUAUCUUUCUAUCAAUUAAAAUCUAAAAUACCAAAA